UGUAAACUAUAAUCUUAUCAGCCUCCGGUCUCCUUCUACAAUGUUUAAUUUGCAGAAUUUUAUCUUCAAAAAACUCUAAAAAAAUCCCACUUUACUAAACUAUGAGCCGAAUUCUUGAUAUUCACUAUCGUCGACCCACCUACUCAUUGAUGUUCUUCACAUGUAAAUUACACAACUUUAGUGGAAAUUAUGUUCAUUUCAAGAAACAAAGAGAACCCAAAUCUUCAUUACAAGCAUUUAGGUCUGAGAUGGGGUUGGAUCAUAUGAUGGAAAGAUGUUUGCUUUCACACAAGGUUAAAGAAGAAGAUGGGAACGUUUACGAUACGCUUCCCCAUGUGAGAUAUCUUAGAGAGUUUCAAAUGGAUGAACUGAUUGGAAAAGUUGUCAUCGUUAGGUUUGAUUCUAAUGUCUUACUCGUAGAAAAGCAGGAUCAACAGGCUAAAUUAUUCGAUAGUGCGGUUUUAACCAUCAAGUACUUGCAUGAAGCGGGUGCAAAGGUGAUUCUAGUUAGUAGUUGGUCUAUGAAAACCAAUUCAAAGCUUCUUUCAGCCGAUUCUGUUUCAGCUUAUUUGUCUUCCAUUCUCCAACUAAGCGUUGUACCGAUGAAGUCUUUUCUUGGAUACGAACAACCUACGAUGGAAAACUCCCCCACACAAAGUAUCUUUCUUCUUGAAAAUCUUUUUCAAGUCAAAGAGGAUGUAGCAAAUUGUUCAAGAUUUUCAGAACAGUUAUGCGCAGGGGUUGAUAUCUUCAUAAACGAUGCGUUUUCCCAGUCGCACAAGGUUCUUGCAUCAACCGUCGGUGUGACGUCUUUCUGCUAUGCUUCCGUUGCUGGUUUCCAGUUUGAGGAGAGUCUCGUACAACUCAAGAACGCAUUCGGGACGAAAAGGAAUCCGUAUAUUGCCAUGGUUGGGGGAGGUAACCUUAUAGAAAAAGCAGCUGCGGUGCGUUAUUUAGUUUCUAGCGCAGAUGGCUUGGUGUUCGUCGGAAAUAUGGCGUUUCAAAUCAUGCAUGCUCUUGGAUUACCCGUGCCGAGAAAAUUAGUGGAGAUCGGAGCGUUUACAAAAGCUACUGGAAUAAUACAAUAUGCAAAUUCUAGGAACAUUCCUAUUUUGUUUCCAAACGAUUUUUGGUGCGUAAACGUAAAUGAUCGUCUUAAGGAACCAAAGCUAGUUCCUGUUCAUGACAUUCUUGAAGGUUGGUCACCUGUUGCUCUCGGGCCAAAUUCAUUGGACGAAAUAACCACCUUACUUACAACGUCCAAGAAAGUUGUGUGGAUCGGUCCGGUUAAGUUUGAUUCGUCCGUUCAGGAUAGCAAUGGGACAUCAAUAUUGGUAAAACUGCUUAGAAAAUUAAGUCAAAGAAGUUGUGAUGUUACCGUUGUUGGUAAUAUGGCAUGCAAAGCUUUAAGGGGGGAAUCAGAAGUUUUUUCAUCUUGCAAUAUCAUUGAAAACGCUUCGGUUGUAUGGGAAUUUCUCAAGGGUAGGAAGCUUCCUGGACUUGUGGCCUUGGAUAGAGGAUAUCCGUACACCAUUGAUUGGCAUACAAUUUAUGAUGAUCCAACUCGACCUUUGCUAGUUGAUAUAGGAAGUGGUAAUGGAUUGUUUCUCUUUGGAAUGGCGAGAAAGAGGAAAGAUAUGAACUUUCUGGGCUUGGAGAUGAAUGGGAAGCUCGUGAAGCGUUGCAUGGAAGCCGUUCACCAAUCUAGCUUAAAUAACGGAUACUUCAUAGAAACAAACGCAACAUCAACAUUUCGGUCCAUUGUUUCAGGCUAUCCUGGCGAACUAGUUAUUGCAUCAAUACAGUGUCCGAACCCCGACUUCAACAAACCAGAACAUAGAUGGAAAAUGGUGCAGCGUUCCCUCAUCGAAGCCAUCAAGGAUCGGCUUUCCUCAAAUGGAAAGGUGUUUCUGCAAUCUGAUAUAGAAGCUGUUGCAUUGAGGAUGAAACGACAGUUUUUAAAAUAUGGCAAUGAGGAGUUCACCAUUGAUCAUCAAGAAGAAUGGUUGAGGGAAAACCCGUUUGGUGUCCAGUCCGAUUGGGAACAGCAUGUCCUGCGUCGUGGGGUUCCAAUGUACAGAUUGAUGCUUUCCAAAUCCGUAAAUUUGUUUGUACAUUCAUGUUCAGUUCUUCACCUUAAUCUCCACCCUCAAACUUCACUUCCUCGCCGCCAUGAAAGUUCAAGCCCUAAUUUCCAACCACUCAGCAUAAAUCGAAACAAAGAUUUCGUUCUUGAGACGCACCUCUGCAAACUUUUAUCCACGUAGUCUGAUUCAUCUGUUUAGUAUAAGCAAGAGAGAUAGAGAGGCUAAAAGAGAGUAAGUGUAUUCGGUGUAGAGAGAGAGAGAGGGGCAUGGGGCGGAGGAACGCGGCGGUGUUUAGGGUUCCGCCAACGAUCGACCUUCUUCAAAAUUUUGAGACAAGUUGAACAGAUUCUGAGAUAGAGAGAGUGAGCGGCGUCGGGAUAUAAAGAGAAGGAUCAUGAUGAGAGAGAGAUCGGGAUCUUUUCUUCCCACCGAUUCACCAUAAAAUCCGGCCACCUACUGGGCUUAUUGUGGUUCUCAGGCACAUAGACCACUCAUCUGUUAUCCAAGUUAACCUUCAACUGUCUUGGGCUUCUUCUGGUAAGCAAGAUGUUGAAGAUUACAACGGUUGGGUAUUUGGGGAAGAAAGUGUUGGCUCCAAAAGGCAGACAAAAGGGUUGCCGACAUUUGUUUUGUUUGAUAUUGGGAGUUCAGUUGUGGCUUUACUUGAUGUGUUUGCUCAUUUAGCGUUGUCAAAAAAGGGUUUUGUUUUUCGGUUUCAUGUUUUGGUUGAUAAGAAAUCGUUGGGUUCAGAAGAUGGAUUAAAAGUGGACGAAUGUUUUGAUGAGCCAAUGAUGGAAAAUGUUGAUGAGAAAGUUGUUGUGAUUGCAAAAGAAGUAAACAGUCGUGCUAAUUGGAAAUUUAAUUUAGUUGCAUAUCACACAUGAUGGUUUUCGUUGACAUGAAGAAACGGUCUCGACCAUGUAGAUCUGGGGUAUUGUAUUGCGGCUGUGAUAGAUCUAGGAUGACAAGAUGACGCGUCGAGGUGUCUGGGGUUCUGAUCAGCCUCGACUAUUGGUCAGAUGAGCAUUUGACGUCCCACUGAUGAAGGUAGUCGUUUCAUUGGCGCCACAGAAGCGGUCGCUAUGAACAUGCCACGUGUUGCCGGUGCCGCCACCAGAAGGAAGACCAUGGAACUCAAUCAUCGCUGGUGCCGCCACCGGCGGGUUUCUUCAGAUGCGCCAGGGAUUAUGGCCGGCGGGUCGCUCGGCUCUUUUCGGUGGCGUUUUGUUGGCCCUGAUUCAAGGGGCGGGACUUACUUUAAUACAGUUAUUAGUGCGCAACAACCGCAGCCGGUGGUUAUUGAAGAGGCGCCGCAGGUGGAGUUGGAGCGUUCUUCGGCGUCAUCUCCGUUGUGGUUUGGUGGUUUGUUUGGUGGCAGGCGAGAGGAGGAGAAGCCGAAGUUGAAAGUUGAAGUGUUGGAGCGUUUUGAUUCGCCACCUACUUUUGAGUUUCAGUGACUUUGUUUUGAUAUUAUUUUGCACAACUGGUUGAAGAUCUUUAUGUUCGUGGGUAUGUUUAGAGUUGCCACAAGUUCGCAGGCUUCCACAA